UAAGUCCAACAGUCUUGCCAAAAUGUUUCUAAAGCUUACUGGACUCUGUGCUUUUUUGGGAAUACUUUCCAUUUCCUUUGCCCACAAAAUAACACCGAAUGUUUUUGAAGGUGUUCCUGACAUUCUAAAUAUAACUACAGUUCCAUUCAGGAAGAUUGGAUCAAGUUACUAUAAUAUUGCAAGUAAAACUGUUAGUUGGUAUACUGCCUUUGCAUCUUGUCGACAAAUGAGAGCAGACUUGAUUGCUUUUGAAAGCUUAGAGGAGUUGAACCUGAUAUCUCAGUACCUAAUAGACGAAAAUAUAGUAAUUAAAUCCUAUUGGACUUCUGGUACUAACUUGGCGGAACAGGAUAAUCACGUUUGGUUUUCGAAUGGACAAGCUGUGUCUUCUGAUUUAUGGAUUUCUGGAGGGCCGAUUAAUGAAAACAAAGUGGAGCAGUGCGAUGAGUUAAUUAUUGAACCUGGACGUAGAGUGGGUCUGAAUGACAAGAAGUGCUCUUACCUCACGUCUUUUAUUUGCAAAGUGCGCCAGCCAAAGACAGCUUCAUUUUUAAUAUUGUAGAUUUUAAAAAGAAUUAAAUUAUAAUUAUAAAUUCUAGGAGUUCCGUGGUAAGCACAUAAUUCCCAUUGGAAUUUCCCCAGAUUAUCAUUUAUGACUUUGAAUAAUAAAACUACUUUGACUGUUUUCUAAGAAAAGUUAA